GGAUGAGAGGAGAGAGAGGGAGCGAGCGAGAUCCACCAGCAGUCUAACCGCUUCAGUCCCCGCUGACUCUGCCGGUGCAGCACACAUACACAAACACCCAGAGGACUGAGAUGUGACUGUACAUCGGAGGAAUACAGCGUGUCUCUGUGGGGAUUUUCUCUGUCAGCUGGAUAAUGGGAGAGGACAGGCGGGGAGUCAUCUUGGCCAUGCCGGCCACUUGGGUUGCGGUGCUUCUCUGUGUGAUUACUCCGGUGUAUGCAGUGGAAGAGACAGUGAUGGAUACAAGGACAGCGACAGCUGAGCUCGGCUGGAUAUCGUUCCCUGCCAAUGGAUGGGAAGAGGUGAGCGGCUAUGAUGAGAACCUCAACACAAUCAGGACGUACCAGGUGUGCAACGUGUUUGAGCCCAGCCAGAACAACUGGCUCCUCACGACUUACAUAGACCGGCGGGCGGCACAACGCAUCUAUGUGGAGAUCCGCUUCACCGUACGUGACUGUGCCUCCAUCCCCAGUGUGCUGGGCUCCUGCAAAGAAACGUUCAACCUCUACUACUUGGAGACCGACAGGACAGUGUCAGAGAGCAUCAAAGGGGUGGAGUACUGGGCCAAUGCGCCUUUUCUGAAGGUGGACACCAUUGCAGCAGAUGAGAGUUUCUCCCAGGUUGAUUUUGGGGGAAGGCUAAUGAAGGUGAACACAGAAGUUCGGAGUUUUGGGCCACUUUCCAAAGGCAAAGGCUUCCACUUGGCCUUCCAGGACCUGGGUGCUUGCAUGUCCCUCCUGGCUGUCAGAGUAUUCUACAAGAAAUGCCCCAGCGUAGUGCAGAACUUUGCUUAUUUCCCAGAGACACUGACCGGAGCAGAGUCCACCUCAUUAGUCAUUGCCAGAGGAAGCUGCAUUUCCAAUGCUGAGGAAGUGGACGUACCCAUAAAGCUCUACUGUAACGGAGAUGGAGAGUGGAUGGUUCCCAUCGGCAGCUGCAGCUGCAAGGCGGGUUAUGAACCAGACAAUGGCAACGUGUGUCGAGCUUGUCCCCAGGGCACCUUUAAGUCCUCCCAGGGGGCAGGCUUAUGCCAGCAAUGCCCGCUCAACAGUCGCUCCACCAUCGAGGCCGCCACCCUCUGUGGUUGUCGGAACGGCUAUUACCGUGGAGACAUGGACAAACCCGAGGACAUAUGCACCAGUGUCCCUUCAGCGCCUCGCAAUGUGGUCUCAGUUGUCAACCAGACAUCAGUGCAGCUGGAGUGGCACCCGCCACGUGAGACUGGGCACCGUGGCGACUUGUCAUAUAACGUCUUAUGCCGCCGGUGCCACAGCAACGAGCGCCGUGCGUGUCAGCCAUGUGACGACAGCGUGGCGUUUGUUCCAGGCAAGCGGGGGUUAAAGGAAACACGGGUGGAGAUCAGCAAGCUGCGGGCCCACACAUCGUACUCCUUCGACAUACAGGCAAUCAAUGGAGUCUCCAACAAGAGCCCUUACCCCGCCCAACAACUGUCAAUCAACAUUACAACCAAUCAGGCUGCUCCCUCAGUGGUUCCCAUAAUGCACCAAGUGAGCUCAACAAGCCGCAGUUUCUCGUUGUCAUGGCCACCGCCCGAACAGCCCAACGGUAUUAUCCUUGACUAUGAGAUACGAUACUAUGACAAGAUCCAGUCGUCACUCCUGAACAGCUCAGUGGUCCAGACUGAGACGCCCAAUGUGGUUCUGGAGGGACUGAGGCCCGGGACAGGGUACGUGGUCCAGGUGAGGGCCCGCACUGUGGCCGGCUACGGAGCCUACAGCAAGGAGAUGCUCUUCCAAACACUCACCGAUGAUGAGUACAAGUCAGAGCUGGGACAGCAGCUCUCCCUGAUUGCAGGCUCUUUAGUUGGUGGAGUGUGUAUCGUCUCAUUGGUAGCUAUAGCCAUCAUCUGUUCCAGGAGAAGGCAGCUGAAGGAGAGUGUUUACGGUGACAAGCUGCCGCAGUACAAUAAUGGAGGAGAGGUGACUCUGAGGCCUGACAUGUUCAGUGGUCCCACCCCCACUGUGACCUUUCCCACCCUGUCUGAGGGUCACAGUUCACCAGGGGUCAAGAUCUACAUCGACCCCUUCACCUACGAGGAUCCCAACGAGGCUGUGCGGGAGUUUGCCAAGGAAAUUGACCCCUCCUGUGUCAAAAUAGAGGAAGUCAUCGGAUCAGGGGAGUUUGGGGAGGUGUACAAAGGCCGCCUGAAGCCUGUUGGGAAAAAAGAAAUUCCUGUGGCCAUCAAAACCCUGAAGGUGGGCUACUCUGAGAGGCAGAGGAGGGACUUCCUGUCCGAGGCGUCAAUCAUGGGCCAGUUUGACCAACCAAACAUCAUCAGGCUGGAGGGCGUGGUCACCAAGAGCAGGCCUACAAUGAUCAUCACAGAGUUCAUGGAGAACGGAGCUCUUGACUCGUUCCUCCGGCAGAAUGAUGGGCAGUUCCCAGUGAUUCAGCUGGUUGGUAUGCUGAGGGGCAUCGCGUCUGGAAUGAGGUACCUGGCGGAGAUGAGUUAUGUUCACCGGGACCUGGCAGCUCGGAACAUCUUGGUUAACAGUAACCUGGUGUGUAAGGUGUCUGACUUUGGCUUAUCACGAUAUCUGGAGGAGGACACCUCUGACCCCACCUACACCAGCUCACUGGGUGGUAAAAUCCCAGUGCGGUGGACGGCUCCGGAGGCAAUCGCCUACAGGAAGUUCACAUCAGCGUCAGAUGUCUGGAGUUAUGGGAUCGUCACCUGGGAGGUGAUGUCAUACGGAGAGAGGCCUUACUGGGACAUGAGCAACCAAGAUGUGAUAAAUGCCAUCGAGCAGGAUUUCAGGCUGCCGGCUCCGAUGGACUGUCCAGUGGUGCUGCACCAGCUGAUGCUGGACUGCUGGCAGAAAGACAGGAAUGCUCGGCCAAAAUUUCCUGAUAUUGUCAGCAUGUUGGACAAAAUGAUACGCAACCCUGCGUCUCUCAAAGCCGGCACCAACAACGUGGCCCCUGGUCCUUCCCAUCAUCCCUUGUUAGACCGUGGAGCUCCAGACCUGAGCAGGGUGAGCUCAGUGGAAGACUGGCUGGCUGCUCUGAAGAUGACCCAGUAUCGAGACUCCUUCCUGGGCUCUGGUUUCACCUCUUUGCCACUUGUCACACAAAUCACAGCCGAAGACCUUCAGAGAAUCGGAGUGUCUCUUGCCGGCCACCAGAAGAAAAUCCUGACCAGUGUUCAGUCAAUGAGACACCACGCUGAUGACCAGUCUCCUACUGAAUCUGUGUAACCGCGCAGAGGAGUGAUACAGUAUGAAAAAUUUUGACCCGUGUACAGUCUGUGAAGGAGCAGGCUGUCAUCUUUACACUUCUUCUUCCACUUCACAUGUUUUUAAACAAUAGCCAAACUGUGGCCAUUUAUGUGUCUGCAUGGCCACAUCUGUCCUCCUGUCAUUGGACUUCUCUCUCUCUCUCUUUUCUCUAUCGAGUUAACUUCAGUGGGCAGUGCAAAAGCCAGUGACUGAAAACAAAACAAAAAAAAAAAAUAGUAUCUGGACUUUUCUGUCUUAGAGUGUCUUACGUGGUUACAGUCACAAACCCCCUUCCCCUCUCAUGCAACAUCUGCAAGAUUUCAUGAUGGAAGUCAGACCAUUUUUUUACCAACUUGACUGUUUGAUUCGAGGACGACAUGGCCUGGUUUUUAUGUAAGGAUUAUUCACACAAAGAUACAACUGUGAAGACUGUGUGAGCAGACAUUUAUAUGACAGGACACAAGCUGGACCAAAAGCCUGACGAACUAUAACUACAAAGCUGUGUUUCUUGACACAAGACCCAGAGCAGGCCUUGUUAUCUCCAGUAUGUUUUGCUCAGUGUGUUGGUGAAAAUUGCUACCAUUUGAAUCCAGACAAGAGCCAACGGUUUUAAUGGCACUUUUUUUUCAAUCUAUCUUCAUAUUGAAGAGCCUGUACAUAUUAUAACGUGGGAUAUUUAUUUCCUAUAUGCUCAUUUGCUUUCUCUUCUGCCAACAGUAUCAGACAAUUAAUUGUCACUGGAGUAUUUGUGAGUUCUCUAUGAUUAUCUUCCUCUGCCUGACUCAUCACUGGAACAAACUUUGAAGUGCUGUGGACUGCGGACAAAAAAAAAAAAAAAAGGGGGGGGGGGGGGGGUUUCAUAGUGCUAUUUUGUACUUUUCAUCCAACCAUGAAAAGAUAAACUCUCCCAUGCAGAGAGCCAGCAACGCCUGUCCUACUUAAAAUACUUAAUUCAGGGGGAACUCAUAAUGGAUGAUGUUUUACAAUCAGCACUAAUGCCCUCUGAGUAAAGCCAAUUAUGGAUCAGGAAACAGCGGCAUAAUCAGAUAAAGAAGUAUUAUACCAUAGCAGUGUAACAACUUACUUCGCAGGCUAGGAAGUUAAGGCAACUGCACACUUGGUGGAAUAAAGGGAAAAAAAGGGAGCUUAAGAGACUGUGGGUAUUGAGUCAUUACCAGCUGCUGAGGUGCACCUGUUUUGAACGCACUGCAGUGGCCAGAGAAUCCCGAAAGACAGAAAAGGUAUUGUCAUCCAAUGUUCUUGUGAUUUGGCUGAAAACCCUCAAAGCUGACUGCCAGUUGAGCAUCAAUACAACACAUGAACAACACCCGAAAUCCAAUGCUCAUGUUCUGUCCACGCAUGAAACAAAUCUCAUUUCAGUCAGAACUGUAUGGCUGCCGUCCAGAUGGUAAUCAUCACUCUACAGCAGGCGGGCGGGCAGGCAGGCAGGCAGGGUCCUCGGUAUUAAUUCUUUUCUGUUUUUUCCGAUUCGUUGGCUGGCGGACAUGUCAUUGUUGUCAGAGUCUGUUUUGACAGUCACAUUUCCCAACUGACAUCACUGAUUAAUACUGUGGUGUCAGUUUGCAGAUGAAAUGACAUGGAGUGACCUAUACAUGUUCUCAUCUGUGGACAGUGACCUUUUCAAUGUCGCGCCUUACGCAAAACACAUUUACGACCAACAGAGAUUGAUUCCUCAGACAUGUCAGAGAAAAGACGUAACAAAGGAAGAUAGUGAAACUCAAAAUGCUGAGGGUCAAGAAGGAAAUUAUUAGGUUAUUUGUCAUGUUUUAAUACACAAAUGUAUUGUUUGAAUGAGUAGUCUCCACACAAUAUGAAAUCAUGAAGGUCUGAUCUCACUGGUGGAGAGGCACUGGGAGAUCUCGUUCAGCGCUGAGCAGAUUACCAGCUGUGAAACAACAGCAGGCUCGCUCUGCCUUCAGCCCAAACCUCUGGUCAUGCGUGUGCACCCACAUCCUAAGGAUUACCAGUCUGUGGCACUGAUUGGAUGUCAUGAUUUUAUUUGUCAUCCGCUGCGAGCCUUGCUCACAAUGACGUGAAGUGACAGUGUUUAGUUGUUUGCUUUCAACACGACGGGUCCUACAGAACGAUGUGUUUGUGUUCGUCUCGCACCACUGGUCUCCACUAACCGGGACGCCCCACUGUCUUUUAUUUAUGAAAGUUGUGACAUUGAGAGGUCCACGACUAUUUUAAACCUCCAAACAUUACAGCUUCCACUUUUCGCCGAAACUCGACUGGCAAUUGCGGUGCGACUCGGAAUUGCAUUUGUUGCCUGGCAACAAUAGCUUAUUGAACAUUUUAUCAGAAAGUAUUGAGAUCAACUGGGAGCGAGUCAGUGGUUCAGAGGCAUAAUUCGUUGUAAAUAGAUGCCUCUGGAAAAACAGUUUCAGUGCUGGCUCGGGGGUUUAAUAAAGAGUGAGAUGACUCGUGUGCCUAAAAGCUCAUAUUAAACGCCACCUAAAAAAAAUUGUCAUGCAGAGGAAAUGAAAGCUAUCAGCACAGGCAGGUAUCUUAAUACAUUAUGUAAAAUCUGGAGUUCAGAGUGAUGUGUCAAUUCUUUGCUUCAUAUUUUUGUCUUCUGGUAUUUAACAAGGUUAGAUGUGAGUUUUCGGAGACAUUUCACAUGUUACUGUGUCAGUGUUUGUGGAAAAAAAACAACAAAGGCAGAAAUGAUGUACAGCACGUCUUGUAUUUACAUACUAUGACCGACGUGUCUUGGUUUGAGCAUAAAUCUUCACCGCAGAGACGAUAUCUCAGGAACACAAUGGAACACGUUGCUGCAUUGGCAAAUCCCGCACUAUAUAGAAAGAUUACUCCAAGAUGAAGUUCUUAAAAAGUUCAUGGAGAAAACAGUUUUUAUGGUAUUCUUAUUAAAAGUUAAAUCCACACUAAAUCGAGCCCCCUAAAGAGAGGUCUCUAUUUGUGUGUGUGACCAUGACUCUUACACAAGCAAACGGAGAGAUACAGUUGUAAGUGAUAAAGAGUAGCCAGAGUUCAUAGUGUCUGAUUAUAUCUUUGCUGAAUAUUUAUUGAAAGUAGGGAGUUUAGCCAUGGAACUUUUUAAAUGUUUACCAUUCUUCCUUCUCCGUCUUUCUGUACAAAGGAUCUUAUGUUGAAAAAUACAAAUGUCCAAUGAAAGUGCAUCCUUGAAAUAUUUUUUAUUUGUAUUAUUUUACACACAGAAAUAGUGUUUUAUGAUCUAAACUGAUCAAAACUAUUGGAAUGUGAUUGUAAAAUAAAUAGAAAAAACGAUCAACUUCUUAAAGGUAAAAUGUUGCUGUCAGUGGACACUAUUUAGUCACAAAGCAGCGCACAGAGGCAAUGGAGGAGCUGCCCAGUUGACAUGUAUCAGUGCAUGUAUCGGCUGGUUAAAUGUACCCUGUGGAGUUUUCUUAUAAACUGUUGACAUUCAGUGUUUCUCACCUAAACGCAAUGAGUGUAUCCUUGAGGAUGAGUUGACUACAUAACUGCAUUUCCUUCCUCAUAAAUUGACGAGCCCAUUUUUGUGAAUAUUUUUGAAAUUUGCAUGAUUUAAGUUGAUGUUUACUAGAUAAGUUUUCCUCACUGAAGGACAAAUCUUUGAUACCAACUCUUUUUCAAGUUUCAAUUUGUACUGGAUCUACACUGGUAUAUACUACCUCCAGGAAUUAGUCAUAUGCAGUCAUAAACUGUGGGUCCAACAUUAAUAAAGGCUCCUGCCUUCUACUUUUACAUGUAGCCAGUUUAACUGCCAGCCAUAUAAACGAGAAUUACAACCUCACUCACUUGAGUGACUGUGGGAAAGUUUAUCUUGCUUUAAGCAGUGCGGGUGGUGACUGACGACGUGUUUUUUUCUAUUUUGUGCUUAGCCGUGUGCACUCGCUGCUGAGGUUGUUCAGUGCUGCAAACCCAAAUACUCGACUGGACUCAGCUGAUGCUGACACCAGCUCUCAAACAUACCCGCUGAUGCUCCUCAUCUCUUGUACAUACCAAACUGCAGCCCAUAUGGUAAAGAAUCCCGAAGAGACCACUUGGGAGUUUUGGGGCUCUUUAGAUUUGCUCAUUUAAUAGACAGACAGCAGACUCAGUGCUUAUUAGCCUGUGGGUGCUUUUCCUUACAUAGUUUACUUGGUAGUCACACGACUUUCAGUGCCUGUUACAGUUAAUAAUUGUUUUGCAUAUAGUCUGGCUCGGUCACACUGAAGCAAUGCAACACUUGAACUUCCUGACACUGACUCGCUGCCUUUGCUGGUGCACUGCUGAGUGUUUUGGUGCGUUGUUACCGUGUUACCGCACCAUUGGCAGGGAUGUAUAUUGCAUCACCCAUCACUAAAAAGGAGCCUCUUGAAAAACAUUAAUCCAUAGAGCUACUAGAGGUUAGAAAAAACUCCACAGGGUAUAGUAUGGAAAGGAUUUAAAACACGGAUAUAGAUUGAGUUAAAUUUUCCUUUUUAAAUAAAAGAGCCUCUUUAAUAACAUUUUCAUUUCUCCAUAUGUGCUGCCUGUUAUUCAUUAGGACAUGAUGUUGUUAUGAAGCGUUGCAUGACGCUUCAUAACAAUGCCUGUGGCCACAACGCACCUCCUUUGUAAAAGCUCAACAUUUUCUGCAGCUUAAAUGUAUUCUGCUCUGCUGGGAGUACUGUCGAUGGAGACGAUGAUGAAUUUGUCUCCAUUCAUUGUUGAAUGGCGGUAAAAAUGGCAUCUGCAGACAAAAGAGCUCACUCUUUGAUUCAGAGGGACUGACAUCAAAACCUGACAUUUACUGCAGAUGUUUGAGAUAGAAAUCUCCAUCCAGACUUUACUGUAACUGUGUUUGAAAUAUAUCAACAUGAUGUCACAUUAUGCUUGGCCAAUAAAGCACAGAUAUAGGCCAUACAGGCCAAAUAGACCACUAAACAACAAAAUAGGCCCAGAUAUGCAAGGUGCAUCGCCAGAAGCUCCUCCGAGUGCUUUAGGGUGGAUUUAUCUUUUAAUUGCAGUUAUUUUCUGGAAGCUGGACCAGCUCGGCUGCUUUUCCCCUCUCCUGUUGCUCUGGUGUAAUAGAUACUGCAGGGGAGGCUGGAGAUGCAAGGAAUCAAGUUAUGAAGAGAGGAAAAAAGUGAAAGGGAAUAGGUAAUGGAGGGGGCAAGAGGAGACGGGAAGGAUAGAAGAACAGAGAAAACGGAGAUGGGGGUGGGGGCGCGAGAGGCAAAGCUUGCGUCUUGUGUUUGAAUAAAAAUGAGGCUGGGUGUGGAGAGAUUACUCUUUCUCUUUUUGUCUCUCUCUGCUCUACCCAGAUGUCCUCUUUCUUCUUCUAAUGUCCACAACCUCUCUGUACAACUCACUCUGCUUCCAGUCUGCAUUUCCACCAUCUCUUGUGACAGUUUAAAGGCAAGCCAGUGGAGCAAUCUUUCUAUGAUAGAUGUGCUAUUUUCACAACCAUUUUUAACUUAUAUUUAUUGGCAAGUUUCACUUUUACACAAAAAAGAAAAACCUGCAGUGUUUUAUUGUGAGUUUUCAGGAGAGUAUUUAUCCCAAAAAUGUAAUUUCGCAAGAACUUCUGGAUGGAUUGCAAUGAAAUUUAGUCCCAAAAAGAUGAAGUCUACUGUUUGUUUGCCCUGACUUUUUCUCCAGUGCCCACCAUGAGGCUGACAUUUUUGGUUUUUAGCGAAAUGUCUCGAUAACUAUUGGAUGUAUUUGUCACAGACAGUCUUGUUCCUCACGGGGUGUGUUGUAAUAACCUUGGUGAUCUCUUUACUUUGAGGGUAACGCCACGAUCAAGCCAAAAUUUCAAUCUUUCCAAUUAAAACCCCCAAAAUUAUGUAAUUCCCUCAAGCCUCAGCUGUUCUUUGUGUUUAGUGCUAAUUAACAAAUGCUAGCAUGCUAACAUGCUAAGCUAAGUCGGUGAACAUGGUAAACAUUUUACCUGCUAAACAUCCGUAAGUUAGCAUUGUCAUUUUGAGUAAUAUUAGCAUAAGCAUUUAGCUCAAAACACAGUUGAGCCUAAGAACGGCCUCACAGAAGAUGCUAGCAUGGCUGGAGACUCUAAAUCAGACUUGCACCUCUUAAGGUUACGCAGCCAGGGAUCUCUUCUAACAAAUGAGAAAAAAAAAAGAAAAGAAAAAAAAAUCCUUGUUUUGAUGCGGGUUUUUCAGAGGAGCUUUUAUCCCAAAACUGUGAACACAAAUCUUGCUUUAUUGCUCAAGUGUGAAGAGAUGGAUCUCUCAUUUUAUCUGGUAAUCUUUGCUCCAUGUGUCCAGUCAGUCACAGUGUUUCAUCAAACUAACCGAAACUGAAACAGUCCAGCUGUAAACACUCUUUGGAUAGUUUUUUUUAAUGUUAAUUUAUUUGCUUUCCUAUGGCUUGCCAUACUGUUCAGUAUGUAUGUAAUGUAUGGUUUCUCUUGGAAAAAAAGAAAAACAGCUCAAUAAUCAGCUGUAGUCUGCCUUUCUCUGUUUACCUACAAUACUGUUCUAGGUGUUACUGCUCAUAUAGUCAGAGCAUCCCACUGUAAUGUAUUAUAAUACUGUAAUAUAAUGUGAGUAUGCGCACGCCUGUGUAUCGUUGUGUGUGUGUGUGUAUGUGUGCGCGCGUGGGUGUGUUUGCGUGUAAUAUAAUGUGUGUGUGUGUGUGUGGUGUUCAGUGUACAGUAAAAUGUUUGUACAUCGUGUGUGAGUUUGUAGCUGUUAACUUUCUGAAUCUAACAUUUACAAUGCACUGUUUGUCAAUAAAGAAGACAAAUCAAUCAAA